AUGCCCGUCCUCCCAACCCACAACAAAGAAAUGGCCGAGCGCCUCAUGGUCGAGAACAAGAAAGCCGCCGAGCAGAAGGCCCAGAAGGAGCAGCAAGCGAGUGCAGGUGCGAGUGAUGAACCCAGAACCCUCGCCACCGCUCAGGAACACCAUGCCACGCCGGGCCCUGCCCUUGUCAACGCCGAGCAGCUUGGAGAGCCGGAGAGCAAGGAGGCGUUGAAGAAGAGGAGCGAGGAGCUGAACAAAUAA